CGCUCCCGCGUUGCGGAGGCGGAGCGGCGGAGAGCAGGCGCCACCAUCGUAAACGCCGCCGGUGGGUGUGCGCGCGCAACGACCGUGCGAUGGGAAGCCUCCAGAAUGCCGCCGGUGCCGAACCCGGCGUUGCAGCAUCGGGACGUGAGAGUCCUCCUGCCAGCUUCAGUCAACUGGGAAUACCAACGGGCCCGGAACUCCGGAACACAGUUCUUUUUGGGCCGAUUAAGCCACUGAGAGCUGUGUCUCGAUUAGAAUGGGCAUUUUUUACUAUUUCAUCGUUGAGCCUCAUUGUGUCGCUGGGUUUCACAGUAGAACGUUUGAUAACCUUACCAAAGAACACGGAUGAUUACACUUUUGCCAUCAUGUUGUGCUUCACAUCAUUAUUCUGUUUCUUUUACAUUGUGCAUGGGAUACUGAAGGAAAGAUACCACGAGAUUGCUGUCUUCAUCAGCAGUAGCUUUCUUCUUCUUCUCUAUUUGGUCCUCAAUGUUGCAUCAGCAAGCCAAACUGUUGGAGCAUCCAUUGAGAAAAAGGUGCGGCUGGGUGUGGCUGUCUUGUUCUUAAUCGGCAUCGUGUAUUUAGGUGUGCGAGUGGCACAUGGAUACCGGCGUGAGCGGAAGCUGCUCUUCCGCAUCAAUGCCAAGGAAGAUCUGCAAGCCAUGCUCGGAUGGCUUUUCCUCUGCUCUUCUCUCAUCUUUUUCGACGUGCAGCUACAGGGCACCAUGCUCAUCUUUGUCAUGCACAAUGGUGUAGAUUUGAAUGAUGUCGAGACCAUUGUGCUGGCUGUUGGAGUACUAGUGACCCUAGUCUGGGCCCUUGCUGGGGAAUGCACUAUAUACAAGGAAAGCAAGGCCUGGCUAUGUGUUUUUGUCCUGCUCUGGUUUCCCAACGUUGUCUACAUAGCCCUGAGGCUAUACGAUUUGCAACGGAGCAAAUCGUUGACCGUUCUGUACCAGGCCACAGUGACAUGUGCUGUGGUCGCCCUACUGAUACGAGUGAUAUUGGCAUUUACCAUGUACAAGGUGGUGCGCAACUUUGGCCGUGGGCUUCGAGAAAAAUUGUGCGCAGGAGAGUCAUUGGAGUCGCUGCGCCCCUCCACUUACUACCGCUACUCUGCUCCUGACGUGGGCGUAGCUCAUUCACCCUGCAGUGGAAGCCAUUGGGACCCAUCAGCCACAUCCCAAUGAACAGGCUGGAGACGAAGAAGGAGUGUGAUCUGGUCUUGAAGCAUGGUUGCACACUGUGCCAUGUGCAGUGGGAUGUCCCAGCUGUGCACGUCAAGAGUGUUCUGGUAUGGAAGAUCAAGAGCGCCACAGCUCUCAGCACAAUGAGUGUUUGCAAUCAAUCAACAAGCAUGGAAGUGCCCUUUAUAUCAUGCUGGUUAUAGUCCACAUGCUUCUACGCAUUUUUGGUGAUAUAACUGCCAUCUUGCGAAGUGCAAUUCUCACUGUGAAUGAACUGCAGCCUACGACCAAACACUUUCUGUCACAUUGUGAUCGUCAGAUUGAGUUAGUUUGGUGUGGCAUACUUUAGUUCCAUUAUUUUGAACAUGAAGCUGUUAAAACUAAUUGUGUGUGCCAGGUCGUCUAUGCCAGGAAGUGAGAACUGCAAAAAACAAAACUGGAACAUCAUUCCAUCUGUUACAUUCUAUGCAUGUGGCUUCUGCUGCAUGUUAAGCGAGCAAGUUCCUAGUGUCAUGUUCCUUUGCUAUAGCAGAAAUUGUUUUUGACAUCCUGGCUGGUAUUUCAUGUCAUAGUAUUCUCAUUUGUUUGCUGUUUUACAUAUUCUAUUGUUGAGUGUUUAUAUAGUGAUCUCGGUUUGUGUUGCACAGCGAUUGUUGUCAAUGCAUCAAAGCCUAAAGCUGUGCUAAUCUGUGUGCCACUAAAAAUGAAUACUGUAGGUCACUGAAAUGUACCUUGCGUGCCUUGUAGGCCAAAGGGUGCCUCUUGAAUGCUUUUCACAUUGUUGGUUGAUUUAUCGACAAUAUUUUUCUAUUAGUAGAUUGUCCCCAGUUCUGUUGGCAGAUUGUAGCACAGCAGCACUCUACAGUACUACUUUGACUGCAUCUGCUCAGUACUUGUAUUGUUGUGAUUUCUGCCAAGUGUCAGUUUCUAUCAAAUACAGCCAAAGGUGUCUCUGAUAGCAAGUUGUGCAGCAUGUAUUGGCGCAUUUCAAGCAAUGAAAUCUAAUGUCCCAUAGUGCUGCAGUGCUCAGACUUUAUCGGAAUGAUUUCUAUUUUCAGCAGUGCACUUUUCCCUAUCAAGUACGAAACUCCAGAGCUUCCAUGCCUGAAAAAAAGAAAGAAAAAAAUUUCUCUUAGGAAAAGGAAAGCUUAGAUCCUUUCCAGACAGUUUUCAUCACUGAAACAUCGCUUUUUCAAAAGGCUCGUCACUAUGAGGAAAAUUUGUAUAUUGUUGGUUUCAAAUAAGGGCAUUGAUGGUUGUACAAUUCAGUUGUCUUAUCUGUGUGACAGUCAUACUGGACCAUACCAUUGGUGUCAGUCACAAAGUUUUGCCGGACAUCAACUUUCCGGACUGGACAUCAAUUUUUAAGUAGCUUUGAGAAGGUUCCUAAUUGUUGAGAAAAUGCUAAAUAAAGCAUCGACCAAUAUAGAACCAAAAUUUAUAGAAAAUUGACAUUCCCAGUUGUUGUGGGAAAAAAGAAUUCAGAACCUGACUAUACUAUCUAUUGCACACAUUGGUGUAGAGUUUUAACAGUUGACUUCUUCAUUCACCUGAAAUGGUGCUCUUUAAAGCUGUUGACCUUCUAGACAUGAUCAUGCUCACAGAGCCUUUCAUUAGUUUUGAGGGUGACACAUUUAGACUCUUGAUUAUAUUUUAAACAUUCUGGUCUAAUUUUGUGCUAAUUUGUGGACCAUCUGCUAGAAAUCAUGUCCCGUCUGAUGAGCGUAUGGUGCGUGGUGGACGCCUCAUUCUUUUGUUGUUCUCCAGUAUGUCCAUUUGAUGUUUUUUUCUUUUAUGCUCUCUCCUCUUUCUCACUCAUUUACCUCCUUCCUUCUUAAACGCUCUACUAUUCCUCAUUCACAACUUUUUUUAUGUGCUUUUUCCCUUCUAGAGCCAGCAGGCAUUGCGCCACUCCUGGAGGCAGUUGCCAUUUAACAUUCUCCUCUCUGAUCAUUUUUAUGUAUACAUUCAAACCUAAUAUUCACCUUCUGGUGGAAGUUGCUGAAUGGUAAAUUCUGAAAUCGUCAUUGUGGCAGGAGCUUGUAAAGAAUGCCUUCCUAUAUGCAUUAAUGAAUUACCCCUUGCAAGUGCAUUUGCACACCCAUAAUAAGCAGAAGCUCCACAGUAUGUUGCCUCUGCCAUUGCAAAAUUUACAGAAAUGUGCCAUUUCAUGUCACCCAAACCAAUGAUAAACAGGUUGUAAAUAAUAUAGGUAAUGUUCAUGUGCUUCCAUGCAUAAAAUGCAGUUUUAUGCUUUUCAAGAACGCAAGUAGUGUGCAGUUAUCGGUAGAUAGGUGACAUCUCUUGAGACCAUACAAUGCAUACGUCAUUGACGAUAUCCAUUGUUUUUCUUAAACAUCUAUAAUAACUGUCUGCUUCCACCUCACCAGGCACGGUUUCACUGCUUCUUACUUUAUGCUGAACUGUAAUAGCAUAGCUUAACCUCUUAUUAGGCAGAUUUUCUUUUCCGAAGAAUAACAUUUGAAGUACACUUAAAAGUACUUGCUUACGAGGUUAGGACAUCCAAAAUUACUUGCACAUUAUUUUAUAUGCCAGGGUGAAAUUUGUGGCCUUGUUACAAAAUGAAACGGGCAUCUAGUGUGAAAGAAUGCUUUCAUAAAUGCACAUUUUCUCAGUAUAUGCCCUUCGACUUGAAAGCGAGCCAGCUCGUAUCUUCUCGCAUGUUCUAAACCUGAUGGUGUUGCAAAGAUGACUUCAAUUUGUAAACCAAUUGGAUGCAGUUGCAUGGCUUUCUUGGAGUGUUCAUCCUCAAUGGAAACUAUUGUGCGCAGAGCACGAGUGCAAUUUGGUAGCAUUGCACAUGAUUUCAGCAUCCAGCUUUCUAUCACUUAAUCUUCCCAUUCCACUUUAUAACCUCAGGACCCAUGAGUCACCAAAUUUCAACAACUGGCCUUAAGUGGUUAAGCAGAAUAGGUAAUAUGUGCCACAUGGGAACCGUUGGGAGGCACCUAUCCCAGGCAGGUUUACUUUGGGCCCAAGGAAAUAGAAAUGUAUAAAAGCACAUUUAUUGCACAUUUCUUAACAUUGGCUCUUUACAAUGUUCUCGUCUUGAUUAUGCUUUCCACAUAUACCGUGAAGCUUGCUUUUGUAACUGGGGGUGUGUUGGAGCGUGAAAAAGCUGUAAAACAAUUUUGCAGCUUGUUGUGCAGGCAUUUGCACCGACACAGCUUGAUUUGAGGUGCUCGCAUAUCGCCUUAAAGGGACACUCAAGAGAAAUAGUAAAUCAGUUUAAACUGAGCAGUUGUUCCUUCAAAACUCUGUUUUCACUAAUUUUAUGGUGAGAAGUUGAUUUCAAGAAGAGAAAGAAAGCUUUCUCUUUUUGAAUUUUGCCUCAGUGUCCCGGUGCCAGUACAUCGGUGUGAAAUCGCGGAUAUAGUAUUUUCUCACAUUUGGGCCGUUUUGGCUUUGUAAAGGUUCAUGAAACUUGCCAAGUUCAAUCUCUAGCUCCUUUGGAAUACAAUUCAGUUUAUCUUUACCAAGAAAAAAUUCACUAUCGCCCAAGAAAACACUGAAAAUCCAUGACCUUACGGCGGCGAGCUGGUGUGGGAACUUCAAGGCUGCAGUGAUGCCACCGAUCUUUCAUUUUUGUCUCUUUUGCUUGCCAAGCCUCCUUUCACUGUAAGAGUGAUGGUAUUGGUGUUGUACAAUGGCAGUCGACUAAUGCAGCUCAAAUUAUUUUUUUGCUUUAGUGUCCCUUUAAAUGGACACCAAAUAAUCUAAGCUAGCUAAGCUAAGCUAAGCUAACCUAGAUUGGUAAAUAACACUUGUGCAACACUAGAAGCAUCUGUCUUACCAUUAGCAGUCUUGGUAAACCAGAGAAGAUGCAAGGACGAAAGACAAUCCUGAAGUUCAGACCCACACUAGCUCCUCACGACAUCAUGAGGUUUGGAAAUCAUGUGCUUGGAACUAAAUAAUGGUUUAUCAAUAAACAAAGACUGCAUGUCAUUGUAAAGGUGCCAAAGGCCAAACUAGUGAAUUUUCACAAAAAAUUUUUAACAAAGAUGGCCUAAGUGUGAAGAUACAUUGAAAUCCACGUUUUGCCAAUCUAUCGGUCCUGCGGUUAACGUGUAAUGUUCACUUUGCCUUUCAUCUUAACACAUAACUUCACUUUUGCCACCAUAUAAAUUUAAAUUUUGACAAGUGGUCCGUUUUCUGUGUAACAUAACAUGCGAGAGCUGUGUGCCCACACCACAGUGCUAGUUCCUGUCGCAGUAUAGCUCACAGGUUACAAGUCAGUACUUGCACAUAUUUUUGGUAACGCAGUGUGUGCGAUAUACAUACUUGAAGAAUCAUUGAAAAUGAGGCUGAAAGUCAUUGAAGGAGAGCCUGCUAAUCCUUUUAUGUCACCGAAAUAGCACCACUGUGCUUUGUGUGCAUCUAUUCACCAAGAGCUUGAUUUGUGCAAAUUUCUCAUGUGUAUCGUCCGACACAAUGCAUUUUCACACUUGUAAAAUACGUACUUUAUUAAAUAAAACAUAUUUGACUUGGUUUACAAA